GUUGGAGCAGCUUUGCCUGUUGAUGUCUUAACAUAUGAGGAAAAAACUCUGUCUGCCAUCUUAAGGGUCGUUAGCAGUGGCCUUGUCAAGCUGUGGAGUGCGCUAACAUUGCUGGGCUUCUACCAGAACAGAAGGUGUGCCUUUCGAGUGCUGCAGGUAAAGCCCUGUGGGGGCUGGUUGGCUUCCCCCAAAUGCCAGUUCUCACUCUGA